GGAAAAAGUGAUAACGACGCUGGUAGUGGUAGGCUGAAUAAAUGAUUAACCGAUUAUAAAUACCUAUGAUAAAAUCAUUUUUUAUCUAUUAAAGUAAUUCUUUCUCUCUAAAAUAUAUAUCAAACGUGCAGAACACGAGACGAUGGAAUGAAUUGAUAAUUAAUAUAUACAGUCAACAGGGAUUAAUAUGUUUUGAGGCAAUUUAGCACAAAAAAAACAUUUGCAAUUAUAUGCGUGUUCUUACUGCAUUUAGCAAAAUAGGAUCCAUUCCCGGAUAGAAUCAAUGAAAGAAAGGAUCAAAACUGCAUAUCGAACAACAUUAGAUUGGAACAAGAAAAAACAAGAAGAUCAAAUACAAUAGGGUUUGAAAAAUCAAAGACAAUAAGAUCGGAACGAGAAAGGACAAUAAAUCAAAACAAUCGAACAUAGGAUUCGGGGCGAUCAAAAAACAGAACACAAACUCAUUGAAAGCAAAACGCUAACAUUUUAGGCACAGCAUAGUGAAACGAUGUCGUGGACGAACGCAUCAAGAUAUACUCUUUCCUAUAAAUAUCCGGCACUUCGAGCCCCGGGAGAAUCAAAAAGGAAACCGAUCUAUACAAAAGGAAGGGGCCAAGUGGACGAAGACCAUGAGCCUCGCGAGGCUAAUCCCUUUCUUGACUCUAGACUAGAGUUCGAAACAGUCGCUGGAAACGAGAAGGAAAAACCCAAGGGUUUAGGAAAAUUCACGACAAUAAAAACCUAUGUUAUUAUACUUUCCUGUGUUUUCCAUUUGGUCAUGGCUGAUAUGAUGCUGAGAGUUGCAAUGUUAACAACUGUGGAGUUGAGGUUUGCAAUCCAAACGAGUGCUUGGGGAAUUGUUUUCGCCGGUUUUGAGAUUGGUCAAGUUUUCCUCGUGGUUAUUCUAAGCUAUUUUGGUCUCAAUUCUCAUAAACCAAAUAUAUUAUGUCUCGGGGGUCUCCUAUUGACAAUAUCUGGGCUACUGUGGGCCAUGCCCCAUUUUGUAUUUGGUGCUGGGGAGAUCGUAAUUCCAGAGCAAAUACUAAAUUUGACAUCAUCUGAAAUCACGCAUUGCUCUCCAGGGCAAGUAUCCCAAAACGUCUCAUGGACUGACCUUUGCCCAGUGGAUAAAUCAUCAGACGUAAAAGACCCAUAUUCAAUAAUGACGUCAUCGACCUCAUAUUGGAUAUUUUUCACGUCCAUGUUGCUGAUGGGAAUCGGACUAGCACCAUUCAUGUCUAUAGGGGUGCUGUAUAUCGAUGCUAACUCGGAUCCAGCUGAUAGCGGCUAUUACGUCGGAUGGGUGUUCACCAUUGGAACGUUUGGUUUAACAGUUGGAUUUUUUCUUGGAGCAGCAAUAUCAAUUAUUCCGAUAGACCUUAAAAGUUGGGACAUUCCGUACGACCAUCAUGAUUUUCUCGGAGCCUGGUGGUUAGGCUCCCUUUGUAUAUCAGGGCUUAUCUUCAUUCUUACCCUACCACUGGUAACGUUUCCAAAGAAGAUUGAGUGCAUACAAAAGAGGAAGCCGAUGAUGCUGUCCCGGAAAGCCAAGUUGAAGCUGAAUAAGGCGCCCAAGAUCCCCGCAGCCAGACAGGAGCCACAUAGAUAUUCGUUGGCUGAGUUUCCGGGUUCCGUAUGCCGUCUUCUCACGAAUCUCCACUUCAUGUGUAUCUCUCUCGGUCUUUGCGCCGCCAGCUAUCUAGUUGCCGGGGGAUACACCUUCCUCCCUAAGUACAUUGAGACGCAGUUUACCAUGGUACCGUUCUGGGCGAAUGUCACAACUGCAAUCGUGUCGGUAACCGCUCUUGCAGUCGGAACUUUCUUUGGAGGUUGGGUCACAGCUAGGUUUAAAUUAACUCCUUUGGGCGCCAUGAGGUUAAUCUUAGUGUCUCUCUUAUUGUGCAUAGCAGGCAUGAUAGGGUUAAUGUUUGUUGGAUGCCCUCAGCCUCAAAUUGCUGGAUCCGUUGACAAGAUUGGAUAUCUUAACAUGACAGCCGAAUGCAACGCUAACUGCUCAUGUGGCAUCCUCUUUGAGCCAGUAUGUGGCGCUGAUAACGUGCAUUACUACUCAGCAUGUCACGCAGGAUGUGGCGCUGGUGGGGCGGAGAAUUUAACAGACUGUGCGUGUGUACCAGAAGGAACUGCUCGAGUGGGCUACUGCGAAAACGACUGUUGGAUGUUCUGGGUGUACUGUGUGGUCAUGUUCUUAUGUUCUUUCUUUACUGCGUUUGCGCAAUCACCGGCUAUAGGCAUCCUUUUAAGAUGUGUAGAGGAUGAAUUAAAGGCCCUUUCCCUUGGUAUUAAUGGGGCCUUGCUCAGCUUUGGCGCUAUGAUCCCGGGACCUAUAGUGUAUGGUAUCGUCAUAGAAACCACGUGUCUGUUCUACCAGCCCACCUGCGACGGUCCAGGGGCGUGUCUUAUGUAUGACAAUGAGAAUUAUCGCUUCAAGCUACAUGGCAUCACAGCUGGUACUCAGGUGAUCGCAUUGAUGUUUUUCCUGGUGAGUUGGAUAAAACUGAGAACUACAGAAUUUCAACCAACGAGUCCCCAACAGACAGAGAAAGAUGAACACAUGAUGGCUGGUAGGGGGAACCCAUGGUUAAAACAUGCAAACAGAACUGAAAACACAGAUUAAUCAACAAUACAGGGUGGUCAUAAAUAAUUGACUUGAAAUCAUAAUUUUGGGUAAAUGUCAUGCAGUGUGUGAUUGUCUCGAGGGGAACAUGUGAGUGUGAUGCGAAUAUAGGAGCUGAAAACACGUAUGAAAUAAAGCUUUAGUGUAAUACUAGUGAUUGUCGAACCACAGGAGCAGAACUCGGUAAAAGAACGUGUGAUUGGAUGGCUGUCGAUGAGGAGGCAAUUAACGAAUUCAACUGAUAACACUGGAAUAAACAGAAUAAAAGCCUUGAUUGUCACAUAAAAAUGUUAGACAUAAAAAUGCUAGAUAUUAUCUAGGAAAAUCAUAUUUGAAUGUUCUCCACAGUUCAUGUGAUAUCAAAGAACAAGCUAAAGGUGGACAUGAUCUAUCAAAGACAUUCGGACAACAGUACAUGUAACUGUAAAAUUGAUCCACAUAUCAAAUAUAUCUUCACAUGAUAUUCGAUCUAUAUCCUUGUAACCAUGUGAUAAAGUUCUUUUACUGCAAUUCUGAAUAGGCAGUAGAUUUUGGUUGACCUAAUCAGAUUGUUUAUGGCACGAUCAGAGGAUUACUGCUUACUAAAAAAGCUUAGACAUUAGAACCCUCACAAUAUUACAAAUCAGAGUGUUCACCAAUUUUCAAUAUUUAAACUGAGGGCAUGUCUAUUUUCAAAACAAGUAACUCAAAUGGGUAAAGGUGUAUUUUCAAUAUCUCAAUACUGUAUCUCAAGUGGGUGUAAGCAUAUGGUGAAUAUCUCAAUUAGAUGGAAACCUAUAUGUGUCAUGUCUUGAGUUGGUGCAAGCUUAUGUUUAAUUUCUCAAGUGGGCGUCUCUCGAGUUUCUAAUAUAUCAAGUGGAGGGAGUCUCAUCCUCUUGCAUCAAUCCUGAGUAGAUUUUAUA